GCCCUCGCUGGACGGCGGGGGCCGAGCGGCAGCAAUGGCGGCGCGGGGCCGCCGCCCGCCCGGGCAGCCGCGGCUCUAGGAGGGGACGCGCGGGGCCGCGGGGCGCCGCUUUCCGCCGGGUAUUUAUUCCUCCCCUCUCGCUUAAGUUGCCAGCGGAGCGCGCUGGCCGGCGCCUGCCCCCCCCGCGCCGCGGCGGUGCGGGGCGGCCAUGGAGAGCCCCGCCGAGAACCCCAGCAAGGCGGCCGAGUACCUGAAGGAGCUGAACAAGAUUAUCGAGACGCAGCAGGAGCUGCUGGAGAAGCAGAAGCGGAGGAUCGACGAGCUGGAGCAGCAAGUGGCCAAGUUGUACCACGAAGAUGCCCGCCUGCAGGACGAGCAUCACCGGCACCUGGCCACAUGCCGGCUCCAGCAGGGCGUCUCCCCCGCGCCCCCGGGGAUGCUGAGCGCCAUCCAGGAGAACGCCAGGCACGAGAAGUUUAUAAAUACAGACGCGGCGGCUCCCGGCCGGGAUGCGGGAUAGGGAUGCGGGAGACGGCAUCGCCGGAGGGAGGGCGAGCCCCCGACCGAGCUCCGGCCGCGGGCUGCCCGGGCUGCCCGGGGUGCCCGGGGUGCCCGUCCCGCUGCGGGGGGCGCCGCUCGCUCGCUCGCUCGCUGCCGGGGCGGAGCAGCGGCUCGGGCAGUCCCGCUGGGCUCGGCAGCAUCUCCCUGCGGGGAGCGGGGUUGGGCAGGGAUGUCCCGGGAGCUCCGGCGGCAGGUUGGAAGCGCUGCUGCCGCUGCUGUGCUCGGAGUGGGCAGCGCUGCUGCUCCGAAGCAGCGUUUCCUCAGUGCUGCUGUGGAGGCUUCAGAAGGGUCGCUGGUCACUCAGUGUCCCCUUUGCCUGCUCCUGUUCUCAAGCCUUGCCCCUGGCCAGGGAGCAGGCUGGGAUGGAAGUUGCUCUGCCUCCCCAGAGCCCUUCUUGCUGUCAGUAUUAACAGGGCUUCUUUCUCUGUGAUGCUGUCUUUUUUAUAAACAGAAAUGUCUCUCUGAAAAGAAAUAGCUCCUUUAAUAAACUGGAGAGCAUGCUGUCA